AUGAAGAAAUCUCUCGGCCGUCGGAAAAUUGAAAUCAAAAAGCUUGAGAAGAAGAGUAGCCAGCAGGUUACCUUCUCUAAACGCCGCGCCGGACUUUUCAACAAGGCGGCGGAGCUUUCCGUUCUGUGCGGUGCUGAGAUCGCGAUCCUCGUCUCCUCUGCCACCAACAAGCUCUAUACAUUCGGUCAUCCCAAUGUUGAAUCGCUCUUGGACCGUUUUCUCACCGGAAAUUCUGCUCCGCCUAAGCCGGCUGAGGCCUACCUCCCUCUGCAGGAGUUGAACCGCGAUUUUGACGAUGUGGCGGCUGAGUUCGACAUUGAGAAGAGGCGCGCGGCAGAGCGCUCGAGUAACGAUCGAUUUUGGUGGGAUGAGCCGCUGGAAUCUAUGAAAAUCGACGAACUGAAGCGAUUCCGGUCGUCGUUGGUGGAACUGAGAGGAAAAGUGGCGGAGAGAGUGGAGAAAUUUACGGAUAUGAGAACAGAAGGAUCUCCGAUACCUGCUCUGCAGCCGUCAACUCCUCCGUCGAUUACCCUGGUCGGAAACCUCCAACCGCCGCCGACGACUCCAUCAAUUGACCUCGUCGAAAACCUCCAACAGCCGCCGACACCUCCAUCAAUUGGUCUCGUCGAAAACCUCCAACGGCCGCCGACGCCUCCAUCAAUUGGCUUCUUUGAAAAUCUCCAAUGGCCGUCGACGCCUCCAUCAAUUGGCCUCUUCGAAAAUCUCCGAUGGCCGUCGACGCCUCCAUCAAUUGACCUCGUCAAAAGCCUCCAUUGGUCACCGAUGCCGUCAAUUCACCUUGCUGAAAACGACCAAUGUCUGCCGUCGUCGUUUCAUAUCUCUGGAAACCACUCUGUCGCGCGACGGCUGAAUAUGCUAGACUAG